UUAGCUGCAGAGCAUCCAGCCUUUCCUCUCCGGCUGUCACAGUCUUGAUACCCUGGCAGAGUCGCCCACAUUACAACGCAACCUCACACAUUCUACCCAGUAUACAGCAACAUGGACCUCCUCUCUUCAAUCCGAAAGCAAGGAUCCCGGGGUGGUGUUAAUUUCUCUUGGGACGAUGUCCAAACAUCUCAGCACCGCGAAAACUACCUCGGCCACUCGCUCAUGGCACCGGUGGGACGAUGGCAGAAGGGCAAAGAUCUAAGUUGGUACGCGAAAGCCGACGAUGCUACGGGCGAGAACGGAGAAACAGCCGAGGAGAAGAAAGCUAGAGAAAGGCGAGAGGAAAUCAAGAGGAUCAAGGAGGCUGAGGAGGAUGCACUCGCUAGGGCAUUGGGCUUACCGGUCGCAGACAGAAAUGUCACCGGAAGCAAUGCAAUUAGUGUUGGCGAAGUCAAUCGUGCUGUGAAGGAUGCGGGUGUGGGGGAGGAUGAAAAUGAGGAUAUGGGGAAAGGCAGGGGAUUUGGUGGUUUCGUGGGGAAGGCUGAAGGUGUCGAUCGAAUCGAGGGAGAUUUCAGAUCACCAGAAGACGGAGGAUUAGUAGAGAAAGGCGGGGAAAGGCAAGGUAGAGAUCGGGAAGGCAGACGGCGUGAGGAGAGGAGUCGCAGCCGCGAGAGGAGACAUAGGCGGCAUCGUCAUCGGUCAAGAAGUGGGGAGAGACGGAGGCAUAGGUCGAGAAGCGGGGAUAGACACAGAACUCGACGACAUCGUGAGGACCGAGAGGAACGAGAGGACAGAAAGCCUAGAGAUCGCAGUGUGGAGAGGAGAGAGCGCAGGUAUCGAAGCAGAAGUCCGGAUAAGGGAAGAGGCAGGGCUGAACGAGAGGAGCGGAGAGGGCGUGAAAGACCUCGAAGGAGUCGGUCGCCAGACACCCGAGAUCAUCGAGGAAGCAGGGGCGGGGACCGUGAAAGACGAUAAGGUUGGCUUUGAUCUGGAUUUAUUUUUAGCAAGGCGUUUUGGCGUCAUAAACAAAAGAGUACAUUAUGGUUGUUGGCUACAUGCAAAUGGCAGAAUAAUUAGAUGUUUAUUUGUGUUCAAAAAACACUCCAAGG